AAGAAUUACAGCGCUUCCUAUCGUCCGAUAUUCAGCUGCCGAGCAAUAUAGGGAUUGGUGCCUGUUGCCAGGGGUUUGACUGUCUGCUGCAAAGGUAGUUUGCAUGAUAUUUGGAAGAGAAGAAUGAUAUCAGAAUGAUUUCUGCGAGAAAGGUGGCAGAAAAAUAUCCGUUGCAUUAUUUGGUUUGGCAUAAUAAAUACAAGGAUCUGGAAAAGGAACUUAGCACCAAGCAGGUUGACAUCGAACAACUUGACCCAAGAGGUCGGACUUCACUGCACCUUGCUGUUACACUUGGAUAUCUGGAGUGUACAAGAGUAUUACUAAAACAUGGCGCUGAUGUUAGUAAGGAGAACCGGACUGGAUGGACAGCUCUCCAAGAGGCGAUAAGUACAGGGAACCUGGAGCUGGUGCAACUUGUCCUUCGAUAUCGCGAUUACCAAAGAUCUAUUAAACGACUGUCAGGGAUCCCUUGUCUAUUAGAGAAACUCCGUCAGGCACAGGACUUUUAUGUCGAAAUGAAAUGGGAGUUUACAAGCUGGGUUCCCCUGGUCUCCAAGAUCUGCCCUAGCGACACCUACAGGGUUUGGAAAAGUGGGCAGAAUCUCCGGGUCGACACGACACUGCUCGGCUUUGAUCACAUGACCUGGCAGCGAGGGAACCGCAGCUUCGUCUUCAGAGGGCAAGACAACUGCGCAGUUGUAAUGGAGAUUGACCAUGAUCGACAGAUGGUUUACUCAGAAACUCUGUCGCUGGCUAAUUAUGACCGGGACAUGCUGCUGGCUGCCGUGCAGCCCUCAGAGGAACAGGUGGCAAGUCGUCUCACUACCCCCAUCGUCACCACCCAACUAGAUACCAAGAACAUCUCUUUCGAAAGAAAUAAAUCUGGAAUCCUGGGUUGGAGAAGUGAGAAGACUGAGAUAAUAAAUGGAUAUGAGUCCAAGGUUUAUGGAGCUUCCAAUGUGGAACUAGUUACUCGGACAAGAACGGAGCACCUGUCAGACCAGAACAAGAGUAAAAGCAAGGGGCACCGGCGACACAAACCUGUUUCAACCGCGUCCACUCUGUUGGUCCACCAACGAGUUAUCCCAUCGAGCAGCCAGAAGAUCAGAAGCAGUAAAACACCUCUCCAGUCUUUCCUGGGAAUUGCAGAACAACAUGUUGGACCACACAAUGGGGCAUUCAUUACUCAGACAUUCAGCAAUACCAAUCCAACAUCCAUUACUCCAGAGGAGUACUUCAACUCGAGCUUUGACCUGGGAAGUCGCGAUAUUGGACGUUCCAUGGAGCUCACCACAAAAACACAGAAGUUCAAAGCAAAACUCUGGCUAUGUGAGGAUCACCCACUUUCCCUCUCUGAGCAGGUAGCUCCCAUCAUCGACCUUAUGGCAAUAAGCAAUGCACUUUUUGCUAAACUUAGGGACUUUAUCACUCUUCGGCUCCCCCCAGGAUUUCCAGUCAAAAUAGAAAUUCCAAUUUUUCACAUUUUGAAUGCUCGUAUCACCUUCGGCAACCUGAAUGGAAGCGAUGAACCUGUGACCUCCAUCAGGAACAGUCCUACCAGUGAGGCUCCGUCUCCCAGCAGUGACACGUCCAGUGUGAGCAGCUCCAGCUCCAUGACUUCAUGUCGUGGCUGUGAUAUGGACCCAGCGCUCUUUGAAGUACCCAGAGGCUAUACUGUGGUUGGCAGUAACCGGGAUUCUCUGAGGGAGGAGGAUGAUGACCUUUUGCAGUUCGCUAUUCAGCAGAGUCUGCUGGAAGCAGGCACUGAGUAUGAUCAGGUGACCAUCUGGGAAGCACUGACCAACAGCAAGCCAGGAACACGCCCGAUGACUUGUGAGGAUAGAAAAGGAGAAAGAACACCACAACACAAUAUUCUCAGUCAGCCCAGCACCCAGCACAUACCCAGCAACCAACUGUACCCCAACUAUGAUGAGCAGCUGCGACUGGCUAUGGAACUCUCUACAAAGGAGCAAGAAGAAGUAGAGAAACGUAAACGGCAGGAGGAGGAAGAACUGGAACGCAUUAUUCAACUUUCACUCACCGAGAAAUAGUGUCACCACUCAAUUGUUCUUUCACAACAGAAUUUUUUAAAGAUUAAAAAAAUUAAAAAUAAAAGACAAUAUGUAAGGUCACCAGUCCAUGCAUUGCUAAUGGGCACAAAAGAGUGUCAACAGUAAAGCAAAAUGCAAGGCUGGUUAACAGCCACACAGUUGUGCAUUGAAAGCGCACCAUUGAAAAAUGCCUGAACAGCUCAUACUUUAUUCUACUGUCUUUCACAUCAGUCUUUGUACUUGGUUCAAGGGUAAUCAUAACCAGAGGUUCAUUUGUUUCCAAUAUUGAUUAUUUCGGCUAAUGGCUACAUUUUAUAUCAGUGAGAAAAAAAGGCUAAUAGGUUGUUAGCUAUCUGAAUUGGCAACUGGUUAUUACAGGCAACUGAUUAUUACAGGCAACUGGUCUUUUGAGUUGGAACAUUGUCCUUUAACCUUUAGGGUUUAGAACUGAACUGAGUUCAUGCAAAAUGCUUUAAGGAGUCUCCCCUGUCCCAUCUCACUUGUUAUUAUAAAGGUCUCUAAUAAAACAAUAGAUAGUCUAAUUCCACUCCAGUAGUUAUGAGGCGACACAUAAAACUUUAUAGCACAACUUUUAAUGAGGAAACUUAAAGAUCUAAUGAUCACAGUGGUGCAGUAGAGGAAGAGUCUACUGUGGUUAGAAUCCAUGUUCAUUAUCAGGACAGUAUAGAUUCUGUGUACUAUGCAUCAUACUGGGAAACCUGAUUGAUGACAGCUCUAUGCAACUGUUCAUUAUAAAGUGGACCAAUUUAUAUUGACAUGACAGCAUUGAGCUCAAGGUCCUAUGCAGACAACUGGACCAAUGCACCUUUCAAAAACUAAAUUUAAAGCAGAUGGAAGAGAAAUGUUCACUUCUUAUCACAUCAUGUUAGCCAAGCCUUGAAUCAGUGGAACAUAGUUUGAACUUUCCAGCAUUGCCAAUCAGAAAGUAAUUAUUUUGCUUGGACACACAGUCAGGAUAAUUUUCUGAACCUCUGCCAUUUUGUGAAAUUCAUUUUCAUAUGUCAAUGAUGAGAAAAUUAAUGAAAUACCAAAAUAACUUGGCUCCAAAACUACAAAUAUCAGUUUUCAGAAUAAUGUGAAUAAAAUGUUUUAAAACCCUACUCUUUAAUUCUAAAUGUAUACAUUUAAAGAUUGAAAUAUUGAAACCUCCAAUUCAUAUUAUGCAAACUGAACAGAUCUUGGAUUUUUUCAGAUACCUUUGUAGUUAAUCUUGAUUUUUCUAAUUUUUGGAACUUGUUUCCUGUUCUGACAUUUGUAUUGCAGACACAGGCACUAUUAACAUUAAAACUGAUCAAGUGGACCAUCAGCUCUAACAUAGCUAUUGUUGAUCAAUCUUAAAGAAACACGGUAAUGGCGACCCUUUAGCUUUCAUAGUGAUGAGUUUAUUUGCAACUCAUAAGGCCACCUGAGGACUGGAGUUGAUUUUGACUUAUACCUUGUCCUCAGCAGAUAGAUGUUGCAGUUCUUGGCAGGAUCACCAGAUGACUUUGUUAACAGCAGUAGAAAAUUAUUUAAAAUUGUGAAAAGUGUACUUUUGUGAAUUAAUCACAAAACAGUGUUUAGUGACAGUGCUGAGAGUUGAAAAGUAAGUACUCCAGACUGAGAGAAUAUAGGCAAUUAACACACAGCAACAGAAAAGUAAAAGAGAAUUGAAAAGAAGCAUACUUUGGCUUGACUGUCAGAUUUUUUUGAAUCAAUAUAUUUCACAAAACUAGGCUGCAUUGUAAACAGUGUGAAUGUAAACUUCAAAUUACAAAAUGAGAAAAUAUAUUGAGUAACUUAGUAAAACCAUGGCAAUUGGAUUUCAAUGCAAACAAAUGUAGUGUAUUCCAUUUUGGAUCCAAAUGUACUUUCUGAAAGUUAAAGUGUUACAAGUAGUAGGGGUCCAAAGAGAUUUGGGGUGUUCAAGUAUCAGGGACAGGAACAGAUAAUAAUCCAAAAGCCUUUUGAUUUAUUGGCCUCUAUAUCUAGAGGAACAGAAUACAAGGGAAAAAAGUUAAGCUGCAGUCGCCCAAAGCCCUGGUGCAGUUUUGCACUACACCGCAGGAGUGAGAGUGGAACAUAGAUUUAACAGAAAGAUACUUGGUCUCCAAGGGUUAAAUUGCAGGAGAGGUUACACAAAUCUCCAGCAUUUGUUGCCUUCAGCACAGAUUCCAGCAUCUGCAAUAAUUUUUUCUUAGACAAACCAGCAUUGGAUUCAAUACAAUUUGGAACAUUUAAUCAAAGUUUUAAAGGUAUUAUUAGGAAUAGAUAAAACAGAUUGUGAAGCAACUUCUUUCCAUAGUCUGGGGCAGUCAAGAGUAAGGGGAAUUUAAAACACUAGAGCCAGGCAUUUCAGGAGUGAAAUUAAGAAAUGCCGCUUUAAACAUGGCUGGUCAAAAUUUGAAAAUCUCUUUUGCAAAUGGCAAUGAUGCCAUUGAUCUGAUGCCAGAUCAAUUAUUAAUUUUAAAACUCAAAUUGUUAGAUUUUUGUGAGCAAAAGGUAUUUAAGGAGAAGGGCAAGGGUGGAGUAAGGUUGAAGAUCAUCAUGAUCUCACUGAAUGGUGGAACACACUUAAAAGGCUCCUCCUGCUCCUAUUUAUCUUUGAAUAUAAUUGUAUAAGUCUGGAGCACAUCACCAACAAAUAGAGAACAAUGGAUGAACAUUUCAUCAAAGAGAUCAGAUAAUAUAAACCAUAAGAAUAAGCAUUAUGAUUUAUUUUGGCGUCUGAAGUCACCAUGUACUAUUAUUUUAUAGUGCACUUAUUGCAGUGUUAUUUUAAAGAUUAAGAAGUCUUGUAUAUAUUUGCUGUCGGGUAUACUUUUUUUAAAGCAGUGGAUGCCAAAGGUGACACAGAAUAUUCAAUCAUUAAAGCCGAUAAAAUAUUCCAUGGAAACAAUAAAUGAAUCAUAAUAUAAUUAGCAUAGAGUUUAAUCAACCAUCGGUAUGCUUGCUGUGUUGGAGAAUAACUGGCAUCUCCCAUAGUAAACGUAUGAUUACCUACCAUAAGGUUGCUGUGGCUAAAUGAUAUUUAGUAAAGAUGUCAACAGUUUUUCAGGGACACUGGAUGCACUGCCCAUCAAUGUUGUGCAACAUCUGCAAAAAAAAAGAAAAUGAUCCAUUUGGAAUGAAAGUUUAUUGAAUUUCAAGGCUGUUCUGUCAUCUCAGCAUCCAGUUAGUAAUAGUUAUAAACAUUUAUGCUAUAAUCAAUAGGGGGCACAAGGUAAAAAUAUGUUAGUUAGCAGUAACAAAGAAAGGUACAAUGGAAUAACAUUGAAAGAAAAAAAUUUAUAAGGGUAGUUUCUAGAGAUGUCAUCUGCUGAGAAAUUAAAUAGUUGGGUUAGGGAUAUAUUAGAAAAGUGCAGGUUAGUAGGAACUAAAACUUUCUUCUCGAAUGCCUGAAAUAAAUUUAGACUCAUUUAAAUCUCAUCUUGAAAUAAGACAGUGGAAUAAAGUUAAAUUCUAAUUAUGUGGUUAUAUACAGUUUUUGAGUUAUGCUGAUUUAACUGAUGCGUGCUUCCACCUCUUCAAAAAGCCCUUUAAUAAUCUGGGGACUACCUCCAUUUACAGCUUCUUUUCACAUCCAUUCGACAGCUGCAACAUGGUAAUAUGGCAUUUUCAUUGAUUCAGAGAAUGCUGUAGUUGGAGCAGUCCCAUAGAGAGGUGUAGUGAUGAACCUUCUUUAAGAGAGGAACAGAAAUUACAGAAACCCAUUUCUGCAGACACUGUAGGUUACAAAAUACAAUCUGAAGGCUGCAAUAGACAAUCAGUACUCAAAGGUUUGCAUUUGAUUUUUUUAAAGUAACGGCAAUCAUACCUAUCUCGUUACCAUCUGGGACUAUGAAUUUCUUCUUCUAUGACUAAUAACGUGCUGAGUUCACAUGACCUUAAUUUACUGGGAAUUUGAAGAGAAUAACCUAGGAAUUGGAUUAUGGCUGAAUUGGGUGUACUCCAUGCAAACCAAUGAAAUGGGUGGUAGGAGUACAGCUGAUUGAUCUACCAGCUUCACUAGGAUAAUAUCCACAAACUACUGCCAUCAGUUUUCUAUAAUCCAAUUGAAUGACUAAUCUCUCUUAAUAGAAGAAACAAAACAUCUUCAUUUGAAGUACUCAAAUUCCACAAUGGGUGCAAAGUACAAUAAGUGUGUGAUUAUUCCUCAGCAUGUUCCUCGGUAACUCCUUCCCAAAGGUAAUCUUAUUAAUAUGUUUCAAACUGUUAUUUUCCAAUUGAACAUGUUAACAUGAACAAUUAGACACGAUGGAUAUCUGCAUGAUGAUGGACGCAGAUAAAUGAUAUUCACGAGCAUUUUGAAACCACAAUUUGAUCUGUACAUAAUGGAAGGGACACCAAGUCCAAAACAGUUACAGUGUAAUCGCAGUUCUGUGAGACUGUCACAUUAGGAAUAUAAAUAGGUGGUUUAGGCUACCUGGAGUUAUAGUAAGUGCAGUUUCAAGAAUUCUCUGUUUGUAGGCAUCCAUUUCUCACAGGGAGUUCCAAAAAGCCUUCUGCCUCCAUCACUCUUAGUGUGCAGUAUCUUCUUGUCCUACUAAUUGGUAUAGUUGUGAUCAAUAGUUUCAUCAUGCACGGAGAUGGAGGAAUGAUUUUGGAAUGCAUAAUGACAUUGUAAAUGAAUUCAAAAAUAAUGCAUUUACAAUCUUAUGUGAUGACCAGAGUAAUAGUUUGCCCUCUCCAUUCAUAAAGAAUCAUAGGUGAAAACUGACUAGCCUUACCAUUUUACACCAUAGUGUGUGCAUCAGCGGCGCUCUAAUUGUACAUGUUGUGAUUGUAACAUGAUCAGUCAGCUGGACCUCAUAGAAUAUGAGUUCCCUGAUUGGACCAGAUUAACAGCCCCAAUCAAAGAUCCCUGGCUGACAGAUAAAGGGGGACUGUCAAAGAUACUGGCACUCUGAUGAGGCAGUACUAAAGUCAAGGACUGUUCAUGUGUAAAUGAAGGGUGACUUUGGUGACUAGAUACAGGCUCUGUGGAGCUAUUUCAGUAACAGUUAGAACUUUAAAGGGGUAUCAUCUUCACAAGUGAUUUUAAAACUUUUUUUCAGAAAGUACACUCUCCAUUUUGCAAAACAAAAAGUGGACAAAUGCACACAAAGUGCAAGAGAGCAAUUUUAUACACAUAUUUCCGAGAAUUCAAAGAAGGAGGACAUGGUUGUUGAGUAGAGAGCUCACAGUAAUAGGGUUAUCAAUCAAACAGGCCUGAAGAAGGGCUUAUGCCCAAAAUGUCGAUUCUCCUGUUCCCUGGAUGCUGCCUGACCUGCUGCGCUUUUCCAGCAACACAUUUUCAGCUUAUCAAUCAAACACUCAAAUGUGAAUCAACAUUACAAGCAUUACUUCUGCAAAUGAGGGAAUCCCACCUACAGCUUCCCUUUGAGAAUACCUAGACUUGGAUUGCCAGAUUAAUAUGGCGUUUAUUGUUUGGCACUUUCCAUCCAUAGGGAUUUAAAGUUCAAACAAGUGCUGGUCUAACUGAUGCAGCCAACAGUAGGAAACUGUAUAAUAAUCCUCAGGCGUCAUGCUCUUUUGAUGCAGGAACUCAUUACAUGAGUGGAACACCUAAUGUCUAUGAUGCUUUUGGGUUCAAAGGGAUGUGUUUCACAAUUUACCAUCUGUUGGCAUACUAUUAUUUAUGAGCAUGAUGUGUUCUCUCUAGAAUGUAUAGUUCAAGAAAAUGGAGCAGGUGUUAGGAAUAUUGUUUUCUAAGAUUUCAGUUUGUCAACUAAGCAGUAAAUAAGGUUUCAUUAAUUUCAUUGAACUGUGAGUGGUUUAAUGUAAUGUACUAAAAUAAAUUAAUGCUACAGAAUUAAUAUAAAAAGUUUCAAAAUGUUAUUUUCAAAUUGGAGCUUAAAAUAACUAUGUCAUUAAAGGGCAAAUUUAUUGAAAUCGA